AUGGGAAAAGACGAUAUUGGGGAGGAUGGGGGAAUGGGUUGGGAGGGCAAAUCGGGGAAUAAAGACAUUGAGAAGCUUUGGGUGGCGUGGAGGGAGAGAGGAGUUGUCGCAGUCACAAAAGGAGUUAGUGCAGUGCAGAGAGAAACGCAUGAAGCCACUUAUGGAUGGGCCUCAUGUGCCCUUUCACACUCCCAGUCGCAUCACCAGACAAUGUCGCGCCAUUCGACCCCCCACGUGUCAGACAUCCUAACCUGA